GGGGAGCAGCAGGUCCACACCCAUAUAAGGACCAGAGCAGAUCCCUCACCUCAGACGGUGAUCUGCCCUGACGCUUAGUGUGGGUCGCAAGUCGUAAAGCAUGUCCCUUGGUUUGAUCGCCUCUCGCUUGGUGGCCGUGGCCCUGGUGGUGGUCGUGGCGUGCUCGACGACCUGGGCUCGCUCCCUCGAGGGGUCGUCGUCCCCCGUGGCCUCCCUCAUCAGGGGGCGCAGCCUCAGCAAGCGAGCAAACUUCGACCCUUCCUGCGCGGGCGUGUACGACCGGGAGCUCCUGGGGGGGCUGAGCCGCCUCUGCGACGACUGCUACAACGUGUUUCGCGAGCCCAAGGUGGCCACGGAAUGCAGGAGCAACUGCUUCUACAACUCGCGAUCUCUGGGUUGGAGGUAA